AUGGCUUCCAGAGCAAUGUUGAGAAGGAAGAGAAUCGUCACGGACUAUGUGACGGCUUCGUCUCGCACAACCCCUGGGUUCCAGUGGCUUGGGCACUACCAUGGUUCUCAGAAAUCGGAGUCCAAGGGUUUCAGCAGCAUCAUCAUGCAUAUGCAUAGGGGUAACAAUGAUGAUGGCGAUGAUAAAGUUUCAGUAGCAAAAGACGAAUUUAGGCGAUUAGGGUUCAUCUCAGGGACAACGGUGGGUCUAUCUCACCGAUGGAUGUCACAGUCGAUUCGAAAUGCUUCCACAGCUGCCACAGCAGCAGCGGCAGCUAAACAAACGGAACCGAUUGAUGAUGAGGAGAACGAACGUCUGGCUGCCAAAAAGAAAAAGCAGGCUUCUCCAGAGGAUUGCGAUCAAGCUGUCCAAGGUUUGAGUACUGCAAAAGCCGCCAAGGCCAAAAAGUUGCAAGAAUCUCAGAAGGACAAGUCUGCCAAACCCAUGUUGCAGAAAGUAUGGGCCACCUUCUUGGGGAUUGGUCCUGCUUUGAAAGCUGUGGCUUCCAUGAGCAGGGAGGACUGGGCCAAAAAACUUGUUCACUGGAAAACAGAGAUUGUGUCAACAUUGCAGCAUUAUUGGUUGGGUUUUAAGCUACUGGGUGUUGAUGUAAGGAUCUGUUCAAGAUUGCUGCUAAAGCUUGCCCGUGGCAAGACUCUCUCUAGAAGGGAGAAACAACAGCUAACCCGCACAACAGCUGAUAUUUUUAGGCUAGUUCCCUUUGCCGUUUUCAUCGUUGUUCCUUUCAUGGAAUUUUUGCUGCCAGUAUUCCUCAAAUUGUUCCCCAACAUGUUGCCAUCAACUUUUCAAGACAAAUUGAAGGAAGAGGAAGCAUUGAAAAGGAGGCUAAAAGCAAGGAUAGAAUAUGCUAAGUUCCUUCAAGAAACGGCCAAGGAAAUGGCAAAGGAAGUGCAGAACUCAAGGAGUGGAGAAACUAAGCAAACAGCAGAAGAUCUUGAUGAAUUUUUAAACAAGGUUAGAACGGGUGCACGGGUUUCUAACGAGGAGAUCUUGGGGUUUGCUAAGUUGUUUAAUGAUGAGCUUACCCUUGAUAACAUCAGCAGGCCUCGGUUAGUAAAUAUGUGCAAAUAUAUGAAUAUCAGUCCUUAUGGAACAGAUGCAUAUUUGCGAUAUAUGCUCCGAAAAAGACUACGUCGGAUUAAGGCUGAUGAUAAGUUAAUUCAAGAAGAAGGUGUAGAAUCCCUUUCAGAAGAGGAGCUUCGUGAGGAUUGUAGGGAGCGUGGCAUGCUUGGUCUGCGUUCUGUGGAAGACAUGCGCCAGCAGCUUCGUGAUUGGUUGGAUUUGUCUCUCAAUCACUCCAUGCCGUCUUCGCUUUUGAUCCUUUCCAGGGCCUUCAUUGUGUCUGGAAGGUUGGAUCCAGCUGACGCUGUUCGAGCUACACUGUCUUCUCUGCCAGAUGAAGUGGUGGACACUGUUGGUGUUACGUCGUUGCCAUCUGAAGACUCUGUAUCUGAAAGGAGGAGGAAAUUGGAUUUCCUUCAGAUGCAGGAAGAACUGAUGAAGGAGGAGGAAGAGAAAGAGGAAGAAGAGCAAGCCAGGAUGAAGGAAAUUAAAGCCAGUGAAGAGGAUUUGGCAUUGAAAGAGAUGACUACUCCAACAGCAAAAGAAGCACAAGAACAAGCCAGGGCAAGGACACUAGAAAAGGAAGAGAAGCUCUGCGAAAUAAGUCGUGCAUUGGCUGUUUUGGCUUCUGCAUCUUCAGUGAGUAGGGAGCGUGAAGAGUUCCUGAGACUUGUCAAUAAGGAGAUUGAACUUUACAAUAGCAUGGUGGAGAAAGAGGGUACAGAUGGUGAAAAGGAUGCCUUGAAGGCAUAUAAAGCUGCUCGGGAUGAAAGUGACAGUACUUCUGUUGAGGCUGAAGGUGAUGAGGUUGAUGCAAUGCUUCAAAAUCUUGAAAAGGAAAUUGAUGAUGUAGAUGCGCAUAUUGGUGAUCGCUGGCAAUUACUUGACAGGGAUUUUGAUGGGAAAGUAACUCCUGAGGAGGUUGCAGCUGCUGCGAACUACUUGAAGAAUACUUUAGGCAAGGAGGGUGUUCAAGAACUCAUAGGCAACCUUUCCAAAGAUAAAGAUGGGAAAAUUCUUGUGGAAGACAUUGUCAGAUUGGGCAGCCGGACAGAAGAUGCAAACCAAGCUGAAGAGGAGGGAUAG